UACAAGAUCUUCUUCCACUCUCCGCUGUCAGAAUCAAGCAAAUCAAAAAGCAGCACCUCCGUCCCCAUUUGUUCUUGACCGACUCUACUCUCCACUGUCUACUCUGCCAAUUUCCUCUCUCUCUCUCUCUCUCUCUCUCUCUCUCUCUCUCUCGCUGUGCUCUAGCGUUUCCACUCUGCAACGAGUCACAAGGGAAGCAGCCGUUUCCACUCUGCUUUCAUACAACACAGAAAAAGUUUCCUGCUUUUCGCGUCUUGGCUGGAGAAUUCUAGUGUUAUUCCUUCCUCUUCUCUCUAGACUUUACGAAACCCUCCUCUUCCUAGUGCGUGCUGAAAGUAUUUAUGCAAUUUGCCAAUCGAUGAAGAAUUGACUUGGUGGUGUGUGAAGUCUAUCAAUUUGAAUAUCUGAGCAUGGAUAAAGUAUCACCAGACUGUCCAUACCCAGGAUGCUUUUUCUGUGUCAUGAAGGAAGGAAAUCCAAGCAAACGCAGAGCAAGUAUAUUAAAAUUUUUUAGGGAACUUCCUUCACAGGAUGAUGAUGGCCAGGUUCUCCCAAUCAGUGGUCUAUGGAACACUGCCAUGGCACAUCCCAAUGAUCCUGAGUUCAUUGAGUUGGGAAUAUUUGAAUGCAUGGCUGCACUUAUAUGGAAAGGCUUAAAGAAUCGUCGAUGGCUUUCUCAUGAUCAGAACAUCUACAUUCCUUAUUAUGCUGCCCAUAUUAUUGGUUCCUACACCAUGAAUAUGGAAGAAUUUGCAGAAAGUGCUGUCCAUGCUGGUGUAAUUCCUCCCUUGGUUGAGCUUUUGAGGGGGAGAUUGACAUGGGUCGAACAAAGAGUGGCAGUACGAGCUCUAGGGCACUUGGCUACAUAUGCCAGCACUUUUCCUGCUGUAGCAAGUCAUGGUGAAAUCCUUGAGCUUUCCAUUCAACUUGCAAUGAGUUCACUAGAAAUAGUUUACUCUCAUUUUUACCAGUACGUUGACAGAAGGCUAAGUUAUCACUGUGAUUUGCUUACUCGUGGCAUGGGAGGUGUUGAAAUGGAGUCCAGGAAAGCAGAAGAAUGGGCCAGUCAGUUGCAAUGCUGGUCACUUCAGCUUAUUAAUUGUUUUGCUUUCAAGCCUGAGUUUCUUCCUACCAUAUGCAAGCCUGAAUUCAUGGUAAAACUGCCAGGCAUGUGGGGUGGACUCGUUAAUGAAAAUUCACCUGCUGGUAUUGGUUUAUUGAGAACAAUUUGUCAUCAUAAGCUUGGUAGGGGACCUGUUGCUAGCUGUCCUGGUAUAAUUGAGGCCUUGUGCAACAUCGCUCGCUCAUCAGAUGAUUGGCAAUGUAUGGCUAUAGAUUGUCUUCUUUGGUUGCUUCAAGAUCCGAAUACAUGCCAUAAGGUGAUCGAUAAGGCAGUACCUGCACUCAUAGACCUUGCUGAGAUCACAGCUCUGGGUGAUCACAAAAAGCUUGGUGAUUCUAUUGUUAAUGUUCUUCUGGAUUGUAUUCAAUCACAAGGGACAGGGCGUAACUCUGUUAGUAACCGCACAAAAGAGCUGAUUGAGGAACUUUUAAAUUCAAAACAAAGGUUGAAAUGGGAAAAAAGCAUGCCAAAAGAAGAUCUACAUAUUAAGCAGGCAGCAGCUUUAGUGGUCAAGCUCGAAGGAAAUUCCCUCUUCUCAUCUGGAAAUAUAUCUGGAGCUGCAUCGAAGUACUCUGAAGCAUUGUCAUUGUGUCCAAUGAGAUCCAAAAAAGAGAGAGUUGUUCUAUACAGUAAUCGAGCUCAGUGUCACCUUCUGUUACAACAACCCUUGGCUGCUAUAAGUGAUGCUACAAGUGCACUUUGUCUUCACAAUCCUCUUAGUCGUCAUGCAAAAAGCCUUUGGAGAAGAGCUCAGGCAUAUGACAUGCUGGGAUUAGCUAAAGAGAGCUUGUUAGAUGCCAUUCUGUUCAUUAAUGAAUGCUCUCAAUCAAAUGAUCCCGAUCUAUGUUCGAGGCAGAAUAAAGUUCCUGACUAUGCUGAGCGCCUAGUCAAGAAGCAGAUGCGUGCAGCCUGGUUAUUUAGAGAGGCAGCUAUCAAACAUGGGGGUGUUCACUGUGAGGGAGAUGCUGUUGAUGUUUAUGGCCAAGACAGUGAUGAUUCAGAAUGGGAAACGGCAAGCGAAAGUGACAUAGGAAAUGAUGGAAGAGAUGAAAUGGGUGAUGACGAUGAUGAUAGUGAAUGGAAGAAUGAGGAUGAGAGGAAAGAUAAAUAUGAUAAGCCAUCCUUAAAAGACAUAAAGCAUGGGUACAAUAUGCAGCUUGUGGAAGAUGAAUCUUGAUUUGUAAGCGGUCUGCAGAAGAAAGCCAUGAAGAAAUGCCUUCAACUACGUUGUGCAUUUGAGUUUGAAAUGACUAUUGAAUCUUAUUUGAUUUCAUGAGAAGCAGGUUCAAUAGAAAUGUGUAAUUGGUCAAUUGUGUUUUAUCAGGUAAAACUGUUCUGUAAAUUUUCUUAUUUAAUUUUUGUUCCCCAAUUCUUCUUGUUUAUUUCAACUGUAGAAAAUGGAAGAAAGGUUUUGAGUGUAGAGAACAGUUUUAGAUUAGAGUAUGUGAAGCUAUUUUUUGAGUGAUAUAAAGAAAGCUUUUUGUGUAUAUAAAACCCUUUUGGUUUAUUUGGAUGAUUA